AUGGGAACCUCUCUUCUUCGCUCCACGAUUGACGCUUUUUCUCCGCCGCGCUCCGGCGGCUAUUCUGGUUUGAGGUCGCCGUCGCCGCCUCCGCCGCCGAGUAGCCCGGCGUGGGAUUUCCUGAACUUCUUCGAGCCGUACGAGAGAUACCACGUGCCGUACGUGGCUACCGGCGACGCUGACGUGGCGGAGAAGGAAAGGGGAAAGGUUCAGAAGGGUGACGUGUCUAAAUCGACGGCGGAAAAUGGAGGAGCGAAGAAUAAGAAGGAUAAGAAGGUGGUUUCGGAGAAAGAGGAAGUGGUGAAAGCGCAAUGCAGUGACUCUGCGAAAGGAUUCUCUGAGGCGGUGAAAGAGAUUCAGAUUUUGUUUGAGAGAGCGUCGGAUUCUGGGAACGCGAUUUUGGAGAUGCUGGAUGUUGGGAAACUCCGUUACCAUAGAAAAAUUGACCUCAAUCCGGUUUCGUGCAAGAUGAUGCAUGUGUUUACUCCUUCGUCAAGUCCUCGUGUGGGGAGAAUGGGAUCUGGGUAUGAAGGAAUUAGUAGUGACAAGGAUCUCAGUUACGCUAAUCUCUGUUCUACUCUCAAGAAGCUGUGUAUGUGGGAGAAAAAGCUCUAUCAUGAAGUCAAGGCUGAGGAGAAACUGCGCAUGCUUCAUCAGAAGAAGUGUAAGCAGUUGAGAUGUAUGAAACAAAAGGAUGCCGAUGCACAGAAAAUUGAUUCUGUUCAAACGUUCAUUAGGAUUUUAGCUACAAAAAUGAAAAUGUCUAUCCAAGUAGUUGACAAGAUAUCAAUUACGAUUAGUAAGUUGAGGGAAGAGGAGUUAUGGCCGCAGAUCAACAGAUUUAUUCUCACGUUUCUCGGAAUGUGGAAGGAUAUGCAAGAAUGUUACAAACGCCAAUAUCAGCAAAUUGUUGAAGCCAAAACUUUAGACGCCUCAUCGUUAAACAAAAAGCUUGGCAAUGUUCAUAUUGAUGCAACACUAAGACUGAAAUCUGAGGUACAGAAAUGGAAUUUGAGCUUCUUAGAUUGGAUUCACGCCCAGAAGUCCCUUGUGAAAGCCUUGAAUGGUUGGUUAGUAAGAUGUCUAUUAUAUGAACCUGAAGAAGUACCCGAUGAUUCAACUCCCUUCUCACCUAGCAAGAUUGGUGCACCACCAGUGUUUGUGAUCUGUAACAAAUGGUCAAAAGCAGUGGAUAAUCUCUCAGAUAGGAAUGUCACUGAAGCCGUAAAUGGGUUUAUGCUGAGAGUGAAUGAGCUCUUGGAAAAGCAUAUUUUAGACCUUCAACAAAAGCUAACACCGGACAAAGAAUUGGAGAGAAAGGUGAAAAUGUUGGAGAGGGAAGAGCAAAAGAUGCACAAAGUGGUGAGGGCUCGAGAGAGAAAAAUGGUUCAAGUUGGCAGAGAGGAAUCUGAUGCCCUGUUACGAGGGGAUGCUGUGCAUCAUGCUGAUAUUGUUGAUACUACUAACCUACAAUCAGGUUUGAAGCAUAUCUUUGUUGCCAUGGAGAAGUUCACUGAUACCACAGCUCGCUUAUAUGAAGAACUUUCCCAACAAAUUAAGCAAGAAGACCAUGUUUUGGGAGAAUCCCAACAAAAAUAACUAGCUUUAUACUUUUUAGAUUGAUGAAUUUUGUAGAGUUGAUCAAUUUUCUGAACCUAAAUUUUAUGCAUACAGUAUCAUAGUUUUUCUUUGAGGAAAAUAUUUGUUUACUUAGUUUAUUAAUGCAUAAAAAGUGUAAAAUUCUGAAAAUUUUAACGCUUGGAAAGUUUUUACACUGCCUUAUGGCUUUUUUGGAUUUGUAUUUUCCGGGACCGUGCACGGUGGAUUGGUGGGCCUCAUCUCAUCUUGUCCUGUUUUGUGCAGCUUCUGAGUUUUUUCUUCGGUCCCAACCUGAAUAUAAACUGUAUAAAGUUGUUCAAGCUCA